CAGGCAGGCUGCGGUGACCCAAGCGGCCACCCCCGCUUCAGGGACCCCUUCCUCGAGAGACGACAUCAUGACCCAGGGAAAGCUCUCUGUGGCUAACAAGGCCCCUGGGACUGAGGGGCAGCAGCAGGCAAAUGGAGAGAAGAAGGAUGCCCCGGCAGUGCCCUCGGCGCCACCCUCCUACGAGGAGGCCACCUCUGGAGAGGGGCUGAAGGCAGGGGCCUUCCCCCAGGGCCCUACGGCUGUACCACUCCAUCCAAGCUGGGCCUAUGUGGACCCCAGCAGCAGCUCCGGCUAUGAAGGUGGUUUCCCCGCAGGACACCAUGAGCUUUUCACCACCUUCAGCUGGGAUGACCAGAGAGUUCGCCGGCUCUUCAUCAGAAAGGUAUAUACCAUCCUGUUGGUACAGCUGCUGGUGACUUUGGCUGUGGUGGCUCUCUUUACCUUCUGUGACGUCAUUAAGGACUAUGUCCAGGCCAACCCAGGCUGGUACUGGGCAUCCUAUGCUGUGUUCUUUGCCACUUACCUGACCCUGGCUUGCUGUUCUGGACCCAGGAGACACUUCCCAUGGAACCUGAUUCUGCUGACCAUCUUUACCCUGUCCAUGGCCUACCUCACUGGGAUGUUAUCCAGUUACUUCAACACCACGUCUGUGCUGCUCUGCCUGGGUAUCACCGCUCUCGUCUGCCUCUCGGUCACCAUCUUCAGUUUCCAGACCAAGUUUGACUUCACGUCCUGUCAGGGUGUGCUGUUUGUGCUGCUUAUGACUCUCUUCUUCAGCGGACUACUCCUCAGCAUCCUCCUGCCCUUCCAAUACGUCCCCUGGCUCCACGCCGUCUAUGCUGUGCUAGGAGCGGGUGUGUUCACGUUGUUCCUGGCAUUUGAUACCCAGUUGCUGAUGGGUAACCGGCGACACUCGCUGAGCCCCGAGGAGUAUAUUUUUGGAGCCCUCAACAUCUACUUAGACAUUAUCUAUAUCUUCACCUUCUUCCUGCAGCUUUUUGGCCGGGAAUAAGGAGCCCCCCCCACCCCUACCCUCCUCCAGAGAAUGUCCCUCCCCUGUCCUGUGACCCUCUCCGUGCUCCUGCAAGACCAGACAUAAACUUGCUGCAGCCAGCUUGUGAGCAGCCGCUCCCUCCUGCAGCCAGCCCUUCUGCAGCUUGUACAUAUAUGCCUUCCUUGGGGCCCUGCAGAUCCGAGGCCACACCAUCCCCUGCGGUGCCCCUGGCACCUGAUUACAUCUUCCAAAUGGCACAGUCAAGGCUGAGGGCACCUCUGGGUUUGCAGACUCAAGAGAUGAGGGGGGGGAGCCCAGCAGGAUCUCAGAGGUGGGAAGGAGACCCCAGGAAACCUGGCUGAGACUGUGACCCGCACCAAGUCUUCUAGGGCUUCAUUUUCUCUUUCAGGUCAAGCAACCAUGCUUUGUACCAAAAAAAUAGCUGAGGGGACACGGCUGGAACAUGA